UUCGUUCAGUGUGUUGGGACAGAAUUAACAGAAUUUAAUUGGAUGUACAUUGUAACACGAUAUAGAGAGCUCUGCAUUAAAAUAUAAAAUAAUUCAAUACAUAUUUAAAACACCCUUGAACAAGAAAUCUAGAUAUAAGCCUACGAUUAAGGUUACACAAUGGCAUUGAACAUAAGAAUAAAAGCAUUUCAUUUCUGCAUCGCCGCUUUGGGAUUAGUAGUCUUCAUUGCUCUGACCAGCAAAGACAGCUUGCUUCUAAAGAUCAAAACGCCCGCUGCGUUCAAACAACUGAAAGAGAAACUCUUCCGUGACCCGUUUAGAUUUGAUACUUCGGGAUCAGACUUUGAGACUAGCAUUGAUGUCAACAGCUCUGUUCAAAACAUUAAAGACAAUUCCUAUAGCCAAAGAAUCAGUUUGAUUUCACGGAGAGAAAAUGUAAACAUUCCGUCAAGUCUUAAAGACAAGAACAAAAGUCUCAGCUGUUCCUCGACUACUUUUGUUAAGUGUGACAAGCCUACUCGCAAUAUAAUACCAACUAAUACAUCGUAUGGAAUCGCUAUGCUCAGGAGGCCAGGUUGGAUGUCCAUCCCCGCCAUUUUCGACCUGACCAGCUGUCAAUACACUAACUGCUACUUUCAAGAUACAAACAUUAACGAAUCUACCAGCGUUGUCAUUAUAUACAUUAUAAACUUUGAUGACAGUUUCAAACCUAUUAAGAGAUGGCCUCAUCAGUUGUACGCCGCUUUGACAUGGGAAGCACCUCCUUACACUAAUGCACAUCUUCUAAAAGAUGGAAACACGUACUGGAACUCUGUGUUUAAUUUGACUGCCACCUAUCGAGUAGACGCAGAUAUCUAUGUGCCUUAUGGAGAUAUUCAGUUUCAACCGAUUCCUGUUGAAAAAAGACCGAAUUACUUCGAAAUAGCCAGAAAUAAGACAAAGUCUGUCGCUUGGUUCGUCUCUAACUGUAACACACCUUCAAGAAGAGAUAGAUAUGUGGAACAGAUGAAGAAAAUUAUUGAUGUCGACAUUUUUGGAAAAUGUGGAAAACCUUGUCCUACAGGCGACUUCCUGUGCUCCCCAGAUAUCCCUGUACAGUACAGGUUUUAUUUAUCGUUUGAGAACUCUUUUUGUAAAGAUUACAUUACGGAGAAAUUCUUCAAAUUGUAUACUCAAAAUACACUCAUCGUGCCAGUAGUUAGAGGUGGAUUCGAUUACAAUAAAUAUCUUCCCACCAAUACUUUUAUAAAUACUGCAGACUUCAGAAGCGCAAGAGACUUAGCUUUAUAUUUAAAGCAGCUAAGUGACGAUCCGGUGGCUUACAGUAAAUAUUUAGAAAACAAGCAUAUGUACGACUUUAAAAAAGGUUACAAUUUGGGCUGUCAGACCUGCACAUUUUUAAAUACCAAGAAACUUGAAAGACGAAUCCAUGAUUUAAAGAAAUGGAUGACUGAUGAUAUAUGUCAUCCACCAACAGACUUGUAGCACUUGAAUUGUUUGAAUCUUUGAAAAUCAAAGCAGCUAGAAAGACUCCAAUGCUGGCAAGUGAUAGUGGCGAUAUCUAGCUGUCUGCAGCAGUACCUGAUAGCAGUGCCUGGCUGGCAACUCCAUGGGUACUCGACACCCUUGAGCUGUACGUAGAAGACCGACCAAAGAGGUGGCACCCUUGAACUGUGUGUAAAAGAUAUACCAAAGAUAUUACGACCUUGAACUGUUUUAAGAAGAUAUAAUAAAGUCUGUGCGACCGCUGUUUGUGCAUACUGCCAUUCAAGUCCAUAACAUACUAAUUUUAAUUGUAAAUAAAUAUCCUUUAUACUUUAAA